AUCUACAACUUCUAAAAAUGGGAAUUACAAAAACUGAACCUUGCAUAAGGAUUGUUUUUCCAGGGUGGAUAAAAAUGUAUCAGUUUCCAAAAAAUAUUUUAAAAUGUUUCAAAAAACACAUUUUUCCGCUGGUAUAACUAUCAAAAUUAUUUCUAAAAUGUCCGUUUUUUUAAAGGUGUAAUUUAUUUGUUUAUUUUUUAUUUUUUUACAAAUAAUUUAGAGUGGAGAUCUUCAUUACUAAUUAAGGCAAAAUCAGGAAAACAACUUAUUAUUUUUGUAAUCUUAUGUGAUAAGCUUUUUAUAUUCUGUUAUCAAUUUUCUAUUAAUAGGAGAUUUUUUUUUUAUUAAAAAUAGUAUGUUUUUUUAAAUUAAUACCACAUACGUUUCAUGGGGUGAUUUGCUUAUAUUUUACCUGACUUAAAUUCAUGAAAAGUAGAAAAGCAUAAACACUUCACUUUUGUUCGUGGCUAAGAAGGUACAAUAACUCCAACUCAUUUUUUUAUUAUUAUUAUUUAUCUCUUAAUGUUUAAAAUUGCUGCUGUGUACGGUAAUAACUAUAAAGUGUAAUAAUAAUAAUAAAAUAAAUAACAAUUUUAAACUGUCAGGUUUUGCGUCACUUCCGCCGCCGUUGCGGCGACCCGGGACGUCAACAUCCGUGAUGGCCGACAAGGAAAAGCGCCGGUCCGCGGCUGUUCCUUCAGGGAUGUCCGCCGGCAAAGCCACCAAAUCGGACAGCGACGUGGAGUUCCUGUCUCAGGCCGGGGUGGGGGAGCUGCUCCGCGGGGCCAUUCUGAAGAUGGUCGAAGCCAGAUCCGACGACCCCAUCGGGUUCCUGGCGGACCAUUUCUGCAACCUGGCCUCGGUGACUGACAGCAGCCCGGCGGGAUGCGGGGAUGAGGAGCAGAUGAACGGCGGGCCCGUGAGCGCAUGCGCACAAGAGCAGCAGCAUCUAAACAGAGCGCUGUGGCACCUGCGGCUGGCGCAUCAUUCCCAAAGAUCAGCGUUCAGCAACAAUGUCCGUGUGGCCUAUGACCUGCUAAACAUCUCCGCCUGUCAAAGCCCGGUUGCUGAGGCUCCUGAAGGCCCUGAUGGCUCCUGCUCUGACGACCCCAUUGGAGCCGGAGUAGCAGGAGGAGGAGGAGUAAGAGGAGGCCUCUACACGCAGACAUUACAGUGUUUAUGCAGCGAGGGCGGAGUCCCCGCCUCCACCUCUGCUCCACUCCUCAGACGACUCCACUGCCAAGACCACGAGGUCGUGCCUUACGAUGUCUUUCGCCACGGCGUGCUGACCUGUGCUGUUUUCUCUGACUACAUCCGGCAGUCUCAGAAGCUCUACGCCGAGGUGUGCUGUCCGCACGAGGGACCCGCCUCGCGGGCGUUGUGCAUGGCUGUGCUGGGGACCCUAAAAGAAGCCCUGGAGACCUCCACGGGUUGUGAGCCGGACUGCUGCGUUAACGCUAAUAACAAAGCCUAUGCGUGCGUGGAGAGCAACGUGAAAGCCAUUCGCUACUUGGAGGCCAGUGCCAAGAUCUCUCCCAACCGACUGGCCCAGGCCAUGGAGGGAGCUCAGAGCCGGGGGCCCGGAGGGAACAUGGACGCCAAGGAGUUUGAAAACGCAGCUGCAGACUUGUUCAUCACACGAGUGAAAGUUGUAUUCUAACCGUUCUUAGAGAAUAUUUUACACCUAAUAAUAGAAUGUAUGUAUUGCAGAUAACCUGCUCACAAAAUCUAUAAAAAUAAAAAAUAUUCCGACA